ACCGCCCUGACAGAACCAGAAGCAUUUCAAUUUUCCGCCAUUGAAGAGUCCUAUGAAACCUCUCCAUUUCCAUUAAAUUCCGUCAAGACCCUAGUCCACAGGCCAUGCAAUUCGGUUCUCUCUCCUCCAAGACUCUCCUUCUCCGCCUCUCCUCUUCUUCCACCUCCGCCUCGCCUCGCCGUGCGAUCUCCGUAUUCGUCGCUGGUUUCUCCGCCACAUCGUCCUCGUUUUCCAACGGCCCGGGUUCUGUGUCCGGUUUAUAUCCUCCGAGACGUCCUCACCACGACGAGGAGUCUCGGAACGUUAGGGUUUCGGUGUGGUGGGACUUCGAUAACUGUCACUUGCCUGUGGGCGCGAAUGUAUUCAAGGUGGCUCAAGCCAUCACCGCCGCGGUCAGAAGCAGCGGGAUCAAAGGUCCCAUCACCAUCACCGCCUUUGGCGACGUCUUCGGGCUCUCCAGGACGAACCAGAAUGCUCUCUCCGCCACGGGAAUCACUCUCACUCAUGUCCCGCAAGGUGGGAAGAACAGUGCUGAUAGAUCUUUGAUUAUAGAUCUUCUGUGUUGGGUUUCUCAGAAUCCACCUCCAGUUCACCUCUUCCUAAUCUCCAGUGACAGGGAUUUUUCAAGUAUAUUACACAAAUUGAGAAUGAACAACUAUAACAUAUUGCUCGCGAGCAAGGAAUCUGCCUCUGGUGUCCUUUGCAGUGCCGCGACAAUUGCGUGGGACUGGAAUGCAUUGGCUAGAGGUGAGAACGUGACCGCUAAGCACUUCAACCAGCCGCCUGACGGCCCGUAUCAUUCUUGGUAUGGUCAUUACAAGGUUCCUCUUCUGGAUCCUUUUGCAAUCACUGAGAAAUCAAGUUGUGCUGAAACUGAAGAAUUAUCUGAGUCUAAUUCUAAUUCUAGUUCGGAUUCUACUGCCCGUUCAGUCCCAAAAAAAGUUGUGGAGCAGAUCCGUAUGAUUCUUCUGAGUUCAUACCCUAAGGGAACAUCCAUUGCUGAACUACGUGCGGAGCUGAUCAAGAGCAAUGCACCGAUGGAUAAAGGCUUCUACGUGUAUAGGAAAUUUUUCCGGCUUCUACUGUCCAUGCCAGACAUCUUUAAAGUUUAUAAAGUGGGUGACGGCCAAUAUUUUGUUAGUGGGAUCAUGCGGAAAACGCCUAUUCAGCUUAGUCCUGGCUCUGGCUUAGCUGCUGCCAAUGAACAGAAUGUUGCAGAGAAGGAAACUCAUAAGGCUGCAUCACUAAAACUAAAUAAUGAAGCAUUAGUUGCUGAUUUAGCUGUGGAAGCUAGACGAGAUGAUACACUAGGAAAGAUGCAGCAGAACUUUACAGACAUAGAUAAGCAUGCCAAAGAAGAAGGGCAAGAGUUAGAAAAGAGUUCCCAAGAGCCAGUUCCAGUUAGCGGGCAAUGUGUUGAGGUGAUGGAUGGAUCCAUGACAAAGGAUGAUAAGGCUACUAUGGUCGGGGAUUCCGAAAAAGGUGGACUUGCUCAGACACUAAAGAGACUAUGGUUUGGUUCAUCUGAGACAGAAUCAAUGCAUCCCCUAGAAAUUAAACAUGUUUCUGGAGAUGGGUUGGAGGACAAAGGGGUUGUUGACAUGGGAAAGAUCAAGGAUAAGGGCCUAAAACCAUUCAAUCAGGAAGUUGAUCCCAUGAGCCGAUCUUCGCCUUCCACCUCUGUUGGAUCUGCCAUGGAGGUGAAAGCAAGUGGUUCAGUAGGGAAUGAGAAAUCCAUGAGUCCAGGUUUUUUUAAUCGAUUUCGGAAGUGGCUCAAGUCUUGGGGAGGGAAUACAACCACAGCAGAGCUUAACCAUGAAGCAAGAGGAACUCAAGAGCUAGUGGAUGUUAGUUCUCAAGCCCACGAAAUUUUUGCUAAAGAUUCUUUAUGGGGUGAUGUUGAAUAUUUCAUUAAUUCUCCAAGAGGAUACACCAUUGUUACUCACUCAAGGACAAGGGAGGCAUUGGCAAGGAAUCUACAGAAGGAAGGACCUUCAUGUCUCAAACCUCUGAGCGAAUCCAAUAUGAUUAAUUUCAUUGAUCUGUUAAUAUCAGAGAAGAAAUGGAUCGAACAGAAUCCUGCAGACUCCUUACCUUUUAGAGUCGCCAAGAAAGGCUCUAGCCUUAGCCAUUCUCAUGCCGCAAAUGGGUUGAGAUUCUUAUUCUUGGAUUCCUCAAAAUCACUGUCGCAAGAACAAGAUUGUGAGCAAAUGCCCAAGAAUGUUGCUCAUGCUGGAGUUUCUGUUACGACACCUGUGGACCGGAAACUGCCUGAAAGAUCCAGAAGCGAUGUAUUGGCAGAUUGUCAGAAGCUGGUGAAGAAGAUAAUUGUGGAAAACCCUGGAGGCUAUAAGAUGGGCAGCUUCAGGAAAGACUUCUUGGAGGAAUUCGGGUACCAUUUAGACGUUCGGAAGCUCGGUUACGAAAAACUGCAAUCCCUGAUCCAAGUACUGCCCGGAGCAAGGAUCGAAUCGGGAUUGAUUGUUCCUUCGACCACGCCACCUGAUGGCAGACCAUACCGGAAAUGUAGAAAAGAUGAUGAAUCAGAUUUGUCAUUUGAUGAACUCGGUCCAGUUUCCGGAGCUAACACAUCCAGAAAGCUUUCUGAAUACGAGCCAUCUCUUUCAGGAGAUUCUGAUUCUGAUCCAGAGACUGAAGCCGCCAUGAAAGAGAAAGAUGAGCAGAAGAAGAAGCAGGACAUGCGUGGAGAAGAGAAAGAUAGUUCCUUGACACAAAUCCUGGAUUUAUGGCACAACCGCAAAGAAGGUGAUGAUGAUAAGAACAAGGAGAAGCCUGAAACAAUGUACAAGACAAAGCUAGUUCGUGUCGGCAGAGGCAGCGGUAGUAAGAAGCAGAAGCCUACGACGACGUAUUCUUUCGUGGAGGAUUCAGAUGGAAAUAUCGACAAGGAAAAGCUGGUAGAUGGAAUAUUGGGUAGCUUGAAGAAGAAGUUAGGUGAGUCAAGAAUUUAGGGAUGAACCCUAAAAAUCUGUCGUGACCUGACCUCCAUUAAUGCGUCACAUUUUUUUCGCUGUUCUGAUAUCGUUUAUGGAGAUUUUCAGAAUUUUGAUAAGAGUAGAGAUGGUAAAUAGUAUUCGGCUUCAUGUUUUUGGUUUCUCCAUGUAACCGAAUCCGGUUAAAUCCUCAUGGACAUAAUUAUCAAUUG